UAAAUCAUUUGAUAAAAUGUGUUGCUCACAGGUAUUCAUAAUACUGACUUUCGUGCUCGUUUUUCGUCUCCACACCAUCCAGUGUGUAUCGAGGAUUAAAUUCACCAAUCUGCAAUGCGUCGCGCUCGAUAAACCCUUUGCUGAUUUCGCCUACUGCAAGCUCAAGGCUUUAUCCCGUGAUAAGGUUGCGCUUUCGCUGCGCUUUAAGCUCCUUCAAGUGCCGGUGAAUAAUAUGAGCUUGAAUGUGGAAAGCUUCAAAAAAUAUAAUGGCUAUCGACCAUUCCUCGUAAAUGUCACCACGAAUUUUUGUGAUUUUAUGCGCCACAAAAAACGUAUCGCCUUUUUGGAUAUCAUGUUUCAAUUCUUAGAAAAAUAUUCAAAUAUCAAUCACACCUGCCCAUUUGAUCAUGAUAUCAUUGUGGAUAAACUGAUUUUAAUGCCAAAGUAUUUUAGCUUGCUGCCGGUGCCAGCUGGAGAAUAUCGCGUGAAGAUUGUAGUUGGUGCAUAUAAUGACUGGAAAGCGGUUGUCAAUGUAUUCGCGCAAAUUUGGGAAUGAU